UACAGCCGCGCGCUGCGGAACGACGAUGGAGGCUCGUGUCCUCGCGCUCUUGAUGAUGCUGUCGGCGUGGAGCCUCGCGGCCGAGUCCACGGCCACGCAGCACGCGGACGACCUCAAGGUGGAGGUUCUGUUCAGUCCGCACGAGUGUCCGCGGAAGAGUAAGAAGGGGGACCUCGUGAACGCGCACUACGACGGAUACCUGCAGGACGGCUCGCAGUUCUACUGCAGCCGCUCGGACCGCUCCGGACACCCGCAGUGGUUCGUCCUCGGGGUGGGACAGGUGAUCCGAGGCCUGGACGAGGGCAUGAAGGACAUGUGUCCCGGGGAGCGGCGGCGGAUCACUGUACCGCCUGAGCUGGGCUUCGGGGCCCAGGGCAAAGACAAGGUCCCGCCGAACGCAACGCUGGUAUUUGAGGUGGAGGUGUUCUCCGUGUCCAGAGGGCCUCGCAGCAUGGAGGCCUUCAAGGAGAUGGACCUGGAUGCGGACAGGAGCCUGACUCCGAGCGAGUUGAGACGGUACCUGAAGGCCGAGUACGAGAAGGGGGGCAAGCGGAAGGAGGAGUCGUUCUACGACGGCAUCAUCGACGACGUUUUGCGCAAGAGCGAUCGCGACGGCGACGGCACGAUUUCCGCGGCGGAGUACAACGUGUACGAGCACGACGAACUGUAGCGGCGCCGAGACCGGCGUCGAACACGUUCCCGAGCCGAGUCACGCGGACGCCUUCGGAAGAAUAAAUGCCACUAAAACACAAACCGUUUUGUUUGUGUAAUUUAUUUAGCAUCUUGUGAAUGGCUGCAAUAUUUAUUUUCAU